UAGGAAUAAUGUGAGCCUUUUGAACUAAUUUUAGAGGUAAUCAAUUCAUUCCUCUUUAAUGCUGAGAGUUAAGUUUACUCAUAAUUUUUCACGCACUGAUAAAUGACUUAGCUUCACUCAGAAUUGCAAGGACUAUGAUAGGCUGUCAGGUACUCUGUAGAAACUGAGAUUCAUCUCUUUCACUGAAUUGCUGUUUGAAUUAUCCUACUUAAAAGUGAUAUGAAGUGCUUAGCUGUAAGAAGUGAAUCUUUUUAAUACUCAGUACUACUCUUGUUUUACAAGGUAGAUAAACUGUUUGCAAAUGGGUCUCUUUUUUAGUACUGCUUUAAAAAUCUGGGGUUUUCAUAUAGUAUGCCUGCCUCUUUGUUUUCCUUAGUAAUGACUUUGUCAUAUUUUACUCUUGAUUUAAAACCUCUUAAAUCAAUGAUAUAUCUUCUGAGACUGUUUGCUAGGUUGCUCAUCUGAAAUAUGAAUACUUCCUAACUUAUCUAUGCCCAUGACUUCAUUUUUAGAUUUUACGUUGCUGAUGUAUGGAAACAAUCUUCAAAUUUUAAUUAAUUUCAAGGCUUCUUUGCAUUCUCAAAGUUUGCUUUCCCCCUUCUUUCUUAUUUUUUCCUUGUAUGUUAUCCUUGUAGUCUUUCAAGACAGUUCAGCAGUUAAUACUCAGCGUAGGAGAUCUGAAUCAUUUGUUUUAGCCUGUUUGAUGUAAAAAGUCUGUGUGAGGCAGUAAAUUCAACAUAGUUCCUUCAUAUGUAAUUUCUCUUUUCAGUCAUGCUUUUUGUGGCCUCUUAUCAUGGGAUGUGUAUCAUUCAGGAUUAGAUCUGGCUGCAUAUAGCUAAAGUCCACAGGAGGGCUUAAAAUAGAAAUUGAUUUUGCCCUCACGUUCAUAAAGUCUAGAAUUAGAAGAUGAUGGGGGUGAUCAGGAGUUUCGCAGUAUCAGGGUCACAGGCUUCUUCUGUCUCACUCUUCUUCCACACCCAUCUCACGGUCCUCAACGGCUUCUUGAGCUCCAGCUCUCAUAUCCAGACUCCAUCCAGCAAGAAUGAAGAGCAGAAAGGCGAAAGAGUCUUCUGGCUCAUUCGGUCCCUCUGAGCAGACUUCUCAAAAGUCAUGAAGCCAUAUUGUUUUACAUUUCUUUGACAGUACAGAGCCUCUGUCCUCUUGGGGAAUGUCUGUUGCCAGGGAGGCUAAAAUGUAUAGAUUUUUUUUUCCUGCCACAGUGUAUCCAACUAGACAUCUGGGUUCUGUUCAUUGUGAAGGAGGGGUGAAUGGGUGUUGGAGUGAGCAGUCAGGAGCCUCUGCCUCACAGUUAUUUCCAAGGUCUCGUAGCAAGUGGAACAAUGUCUGGGUUAUGAUAUAAUCAUGGAAAGUGAUGCUAAGAAAUCUCUGCUCUACCUGUGGACUUGGACUUAAACUUUUACCCCUAAUCACUGUUAUUUUUUGUGUUACUAUUUUCCAAGUAUAUGUGUUAAGUACUUUUCAUACUUUUUUAUGUCAUUCCCAUGGCACUAUUUGUUAGGCACUGUCCAUUUCAUGUCAUAGGUGAGAAGAUCAAGACAGAUAGAUUGUAUAAUUGGCCUGAGUCCUCAGAAGUCGGUGGUGAGUCGAAUGUUGAGUGUGCACUUAAAGAUCACCGCUGAUAACUGCUUCUGUCCUCUGUUUAUUAAUCUGUCUACCUAUAUAUCUAUCCCUCAGACAUCACUGUCACCCCUGUCCCCGCCUCUUGUACCCAGGAAUCAUUUGAGGUUGCUCAAGCACAAAGAACAGAAAAAAAAAAAAAAGGUAGAUUGAACUAAAUAUAAGGAAGAAAAUAGAAUGAAGUUGAGGUUCAGAUGAUACACAGAGUUCAAUGCUGUAUGAUCCUACAGAGGUGCUAAAAGUCUCCACCUGACUUCUCAUUGUGUCCUACCAGAAACUAACAGGCAGGAAAACAAGGUAGAAUUUUGUGUCUUUUUUUGGACUCUUGGCUUCAUUUUUUAGUCUUAUAAUAAUUUGAAUCCUUAUAAAGAAUACUAGUUCUUUUUCAUAUUGUGCUUCAAGGAAUUAUAAAGAUAAUUAUAGUAGCAUUGUUACCAUUUUCUGAUUUUUCUCUUCGUGGGGUAGGUCAACUGAAUUACCAUUACUUAUUUUUUAAGAUGUGAAUACUCAGAAAGAAAAUAUUUUAGCUGGAUGUAGAUCGUGUACUUGGUAAAAACUAGGGCUCAUUUUUGUUUAUUUUAGAAAUAUUUUCUGUCAUUCUUUUGAAAAGAUAUGCAUUCUGUAGAUUGGGAUCUUGGUAAAAAUGGCAUUGUGCUAAGCAGCUGUUUGUUAGAGCUUCCCUGCACAUACACAGGCUGGUGAGUUCCCUCAGGACAGAAGAUCUUGCCUUAUUUCUGUUUUCUCCAGUCUCCUCCGUGUGUAGAUGUCUUCAGUAAGUGAUUAAUGAAUGAAUGACUAGUAAAUGAGAAAAGUCUGUUGAUAAAUGUUACUAUUAAUAUUGCUGUGUCUUAAAACUUAAGAAAGUCAGUGGCCCUACCGGAAUAGAGAAAAAGCAGGUCAUUCUUUACAUAGCCCUUUCACGUUGUAUGAGGUGGGUUUUAGUACCAUUAAUGGUUGGACAUUGGGACCGCAGAGAGUCCAGCCCUUGAACAUGGUGUGUGUGGAGAAUCACCAUGGCCAUGGCACCCCUGGAAAGUGGUGGCUGCAAAGGCGAGUUGCAGGAGUUAAGUCUGGCGAGUUGCUGGCAUGUAAAAGGUCCUGAUUGGUUUUAAGGAGUGAAAGUUAGAUUCAGAUUUUCAAAGACUUUCUAUGACACAUUAUGUUUUAAAAAGUGAUGGUUUUCAUGGAGAAAAGAAAGGACAUGAUUUGAAUAACAUUUGAAAAAUAAAAAAUAGAGAUCUACUUCUUGCAUUUUAGUUUUCAAGAUUCCUUGUGACCAAAAUAGUAACAGAACAUUUGAGGUUAAUUAUUUAAUUUAUUUGUUUUUAUUUCUCAGGAUGUAAUCUUCGUGGUGGGAAGCCAAGUUUUUAAACUACCCCAAUGGAUGCAGACAGUGAUGUUGCAUUGGACAUUCUAAUUACAAAUGUAGUCUGUGUUUUUAGAACAAGAUGCCAUUUGAACUUAAGGAAGAUUGCUUUAGAGGGAGCAAACGUAAUUUAUAAGCGUGAUGUUGGAAAAGUAUUAAUGAAGCUUAGAAAGCCUAGGAUUACAGCUACAAUUUGGUCCUCAGGAAAAAUUAUUUGCACUGGAGCAACGAGUGAAGAGGAAGCUAAAUUUGGUGCCAGACGUUUAGCCCGUAGUCUCCAGAAACUAGGAUUUCAGGUAAUAUUCACAGAUUUUAAGGUUGUUAACGUUUUGGCAGUGUGUAACAUGCCAUUUGAAAUCCGUUUGCCAGAAUUCACAAAGAACAAUAGACCUCAUGCCAGUUAUGAACCUGAACUUCAUCCUGCUGUGUGCUAUCGGAUAAAAUCGCUAAGAGCUACAUUACAGAUUUUUUCAACAGGAAGUAUCACAGUAACAGGACCCAAUGUAAAGGCUGUUGCUACUGCUGUGGAACAGAUUUACCCAUUUGUGUUUGAAAGCAGGAAAGAGAUUUUAUAAUUCACCACUCAAUUGGUUAGAAUCCUUAACUGAGCACCUUUUAAAACCUGCUGCACAUUGGACUCACAAGGAAAACCGGACCAACAGUAACUGAGGAAAUAGACUCUUUUAUUCUUUCACGGCUACAGUGUAAGCUCCAGGCCCUUUGGGUUUUAUUUCAAACCUUGCUGUAAUAUAAAAAGGAAGUUUACAAGACAUGACAUUGCUGCUUUUACAAAAGGACAUUUCUAUUUAUUUUCGCAGUAAUUUUCAUGUCCCCACGAGCAGAGCUGUCUCCGUGUGCACUAGCGCAGAUUGUUUUGUUUUUGUCAUUAUUUUUUUUCCAGUUUGAGCUAAUGUGUUUUAUUUGUGAAUAGUCUUUUACAUUUUUGUAUGCUGAAUAUGGGCACCAAAGAACCUGUAAAAGUUAUCUUUUUCAAUUGAAUGUGCACAAAUAAAAGUUUGGAAAAGAUCUCUCUUCAUAUCCAUUCUAUAACUUUUAUUCCCCAUUUUUCUAUUUUAACAAAAAUUGUAUUCAUAAUUCUUUUUUUUAAUCUAUGCAAGCUUAGACUUUUGCUAAAGUGUGUCAGCUUCGUUUUGAAGUGUAUUUUGUAAAUAUACAUAUGCCACAUGUGAAUAGUAUCUUUUAAUGCUCUGUUACCAAAUAUCAAGUAGGAAUUUUUUUUUUCUUGAAGAUUAGAAAUGAAAACAUGUAUAUAAAUUGUAGGGAAGCAGAGUAGAACUUUAUAGAUUAAGCAUAAUGUUUUAUGUUGCUAAUUUAACAUGAUAGAAAAUGUUAACCAUCUUUUAAAAGUUGCAGAGUUGUAGUUUUAAAAAAAGAAACCUCUUAUUACCUACAAGAUAAAUAUGAGAAAAGCUGUGAUGGGUUGUACCUCAUAUGUACCUUUGUUAUUCUGGACUCAACUUUGGUUAUAGGAAAAGAAUAAUCUGAGGUUGAUACUCAAGGCUGUAUAUUAAGAGUCUUGUCAGAAGUUGAAACAUUGUGCUGUUUUAACAAGAAGUGCCCCAGUGUGACUAUAUUAAUACUACCGUUCAACUUGAACUUGAAAGCCAUUUUGCAAGAUAAGUCUUUCCCCUUUCUGUGUCUUAUUGAAUGAAGCUAAAGAGUGACUAUUCAGUACAUGGGAUUGCGCCUUUAAAGUUGACAGUAAAUACGCAUUUGUGAACCAGUGACUGGCUCACCCAUGAGCCCAGGAAUGGUAAUACAGUAUCAAAGCUGCAGUGGUGCUUGACCAAUUGAGUAUUAACUGACAAUGAUUUUACCUAGAAAUAAAACUGAGCGGAGAGUUGUAUUAGCUUUUCUCAAUUAACAUUAAUAGAGAUAAUAAUACAACACAGUCUUCCACUAAAACCUUGAUUUUCCAAAAUGUUUUGGAACCUUUGUGAAAAAUUGGAACACCUUAACCUCUAUAUUCUAGUACAUUUUCCCUACCAUGUUCUAAAAUCUUGAAAACUGUACUGAACAAUGCAUAUUAUUUUAUGUUUAUCUUUGUCUUCUUGAUACCUUCCCCUGCCCUUCCUCUCACUCUUCCUAAGUUGGAGGCAAGGGCUAACUUUUAUAUUUUCUCUCUUGGGAGAGACUUAAUUGUGAUUUUCAGACUUCUUUCUCACUUUUUACAUUUGUGUUUACUUGCUUCAUUUUAAGAUCCAGUGGGGUAGGUAGCCUCAUAAAAUAUAUACAGAAUAAAAUUCAAUGAAAAUUAUAGGUUCUGGGCAGACUGUUUGAAAAAUUUGAGUUUUCACUUAAACUUAAUUAACAGUAAUUAAGUGACCUCCUGUUCUGCAGUGUUCACAGAAAAAGAAAUAGAGAGGGAGGGACGGGAGGAACAUGAUGAUGUAGCCAAGAUGCAGAUCCAAAUGUUGUAUGAUUUUUCAGUAUUGGAGUGACUUGAAAACUAGGUAGCUCAGUAGCUCAUCAAAAUGCUUUCUCAGAAAAGAGGAAGGAGGACAAUCUGACUGGGUCUGGUUUCAGGGCUGCUGCUCAUGUGUCGCCUGGCAAAGUGUCAUGGGUGUGACCCACUAUACUUAAAGCUGGCAAGAAAUGAGUGCGUCUGAUGUCUUCUGGCUUUUCACAAGUGCUGUACAUUUUUUUAUAAAUAAAAACUGUAAAUAUAUACAUAAAAA